AUGCCAACUCAUGAUGCGCACUUGCAAUUUGAAAAAUGGGCGCGCGAAUACGGUCCUAUUUACAGUUUGAUGCUGGGCACGAAGUGCCUGAUUGUCAUCUCGAGCGAUGAAGCUGUCAAAGAACUCCUCGACCGCCGAAGUCGGAUCUACUCCCACCGCCAGGAUAUGUAUAUCGGACAGACGCUGUGUAGUGGUGGACUUCGUGUUCUCAUGAUGGGCUACGGUCCAACCUGGCGCAUGUGCCGCAAAAUGAUCCACGGCCUCCUCAACGUCGUCACCUCAAAGUCCUACCUCCCCUACCAAGUGCUCGAGAACAAACAAAUGCUCUACCAAUUUCUCACCGAACCCAACGACUUCCUAAAGCAUAUCCGGCGGUACUCCAACGCGCUGACGACAACAAUGGUCUUUGGCUGGCGCACGCCCACCUACGAAGACCCCAAGAUGAUGCAGCUAUUUGAUGGGUUCUCCGAAUUCUCGGAUAUCAAUCAGACCGGCACGGCAGCAAUAAUUGAUUUCUUCCCGUUCUUGGGCAAGUUGCCUGAGUUUCUCGUGCCGGCGCAGGGGAAGGCGAAGGAGUUGCAUAAGAAUGAAAAGGAGUUGUAUUUGAGCCAUUGGCUGCAGGCAAAGAAGGAUAUUCGCGCGGGCACUAUCAAGCCAUGUUUCUGCGAGGGCAUGUUUGAAGCGCAGAAGUCUGAGGGUUUCAGCGAUGACCAGGCUGCUUAUAUCUCCGGGACGCUGCUCGAGGCUGGCUCCGACACUACGUCCUCUACGCUCUAUGCUUUUGUGCAAGCAAUGCUCGUCUAUCCCGACGUGCAGCGCAAAGCACAAGCCGAAAUCGACCGCGUCAUUGGCCCCUCCCGCAUCCCCUGCAUGGAUGACAUCGACGCCCUCCCUUACAUCCGGUGCAUCAUGAAAGAAACACUCCGCUGGAUGCCAACGACCAUCAUGGGCGCCGUCCCGCACGCAGUCACACAAGACGACGAGUACAUGGGCUACUUUAUCCCCGCGGGCGCGGGCGUCCUCCACAACGUCUGGGCUAUCCACAUGGAUCCCAAGCGGCACCCCGAGCCCCGCAGAUUCAACCCAGACCGGUACCGCGGCGAUGAGCAGAGUCUCGGCGACGCAGCUGCGAACCCCGACGCAUCUAAACGCGAUGUUUUUACAUUCGGUGCGGGGCGACGCAUUUGUCCUGGGAUCCAUGUUGCGGAGAGGAGUUUGUUCCUGGGUAUGGCGCGGAUUCUGUGGGCAUUUGAUAUUCUGCCCAAGGUGGAUGAGAGGACAGGGGAGAAGAUUGUGCCUGAUACGGAGAGGUUGACGCAAGGGUUUGUGUGUAUGCCGGAGCCAUUUCAGGCGGAUAUCAAGCCACGAUCGAAGGAGAGGGCCGGUGUUGUGGUUAGGGAGUGGGAAGAGGCAAGGAAAGAGAAUUUGAAUGAGAGUCUGCAGUGGACGAUGUCAGAGAAACAGUAG